CACUCGUAAAAACCCCGUUCUUCGUGAAAUGACGAUGAUUUGAUAAAAAAAAGAUAAAUCGUUGGUAUAAAUAUUGUUCUGCACUAUUUUAAUUCAGUCUGUACAGCGAUUCCAUCGAAGAGCAACGAUCAUCUGGCCGUAAUUCUUCAAGAUGUACUCAAAAUUACUUUUGGUAUUUGUGUUAUGGCUUGCAUUUAUUAGAAAGUCUUUUGUGUGCGGAAAUCCAGUGAUAGGGGGAUAUCAGAUAUGUCUAGGCCCCGAUGCCAAAAACUUUAGCGAUUUAUAUCAUACGGUAUUCUUCGAUUUAAGAGAUAGAAGUUCAAAUCAUUCUAUAUGCCCUUGGGAUUUGGCUUCACGUAACGUGUAUAAAUUACAUGAAAAUCGUGACUGCGAAUGGAAAACUUUGUCUGACUUGCAAAGCCCAGCAUCCCUGAUUGUGAAAGUAUUUAAAAAUUCGCCAGUUCAAUGUUCUUGGAUUAUUGAAGCACCAGAGGGUAAACAUGUUUAUGUUUACGGAUUCGAUUACGCUGUUGUAAGCCCAUCGAGUAGGGUUGAUACGAUGAAUCCUUAUAGUAAUGCUUUGAACGUGGGCAUCUAUGAUGGCGAUCGUGUGGAUGAAUCAAAACGAUUAUUCAAGGCUGGUGAUGAACAUUUAGAAAAUGUCAAAUCUACUGGAAGGAAGAUAACUAUUAGUUUAGAUUUCAAUGGGUCCGAUAAUUAUAAAUCUCAGUCAGUUGCCGCGUUUUUUACAUAUGUAUGAUCAUGUUUAUUAAAAGUAUAUUUCUGCCAUUGUACUCACAAUCAACUAAUGUAAUAAACUAAUGUAAUGAUAUUUCGGUAAA